AUGGAACCAAAAUCACCUAUUGCUUCUAAGAAAAAAUCUUUUCUAGCUUGUAUAUCGUGUCGAUCCAAGAAAGUUAAAUGCAAUAUCUUAUCGCAAUUCCCGUGUGCCUCCUGUCUGAAGUUGGGGCUAAAAUGUGUCAGGUCAACCAUUGAUAAGCGGAAAGAAAGAACAGAAUCUGAAUAUAUCAAGCAGUUGGAGAGAAAAGUCAAACUCUUCGAAGAAGAAAAUCUCAGAAUAUCUACGCAGCUAGACGGCAUUGCUACUGUGUUGAAAGAUCUAUCAAACUUAAAGGAUCCUAUUGUUCAAGAACCUAUAAAAAAUAAAGACAAUAUACCCAUACACGAUAACGAUAAUAAUGAUAAUAAUAACAGCAAUAGGAAUAGUAAUGAUAACUUGAUAUACCAGCACACUAAUAAUGCUUAUGUCAAAAACACCAUCAAUAACAAUAGUGACGGGAUCUCUUCCUUGCUAGAUCAAAGUCAAUCCCAACAAACACAUUCUUCAUCAGAUAACACUGUCAAUUUCCAUGAAAGAUACCCGACACCAAACGAUUUGAAAAAAAUUGAGAAUAAAUCAAUUUCGGUUUAUGGGCCUACUAGUGUUUUUGAUAGUGUGUCUUUGGUCAAAUCAGGAAACAGUCAAGAAAUGGAAGAAAUCUUCAUGCUCAAUAGAAACCCAGUAAUCGUUGAAUGCAUUAAACAAUUUUUUAGCUGGCAAUAUCCUGAUAUUCACGUUUUUAUAUUCAGAGAAGCAUUUUUGCUCGAUUUUUACCACGCUAAACCAAAUUCUUCAUAUUGUUCUAAAGAACUUGUGUUCGCCAUUUGUUCCAUUGGAUCUCUACUUUCGGAAAAUCCAAAUAUUGCCGCAAAGUCUAUGGAUUAUUACGAACAGGCUCGUGCGUGGUGCUUUGCUAAGUACAAUAAACCAUCAAUAACCUUGUUGCAGAGCCUAUUGGUCCUUGGGUUAUAUGAUAUCUAUAAUGGCCGCAAUGACAGUGGUUGGAUCUUGACAGGUAUAGGCAUGCGAAUUGGUUACAACAUCGGGUUCCAAUUGAGCCCAAAAAGUUGGUACUUGGAUGACGACCCAGGUCCCAAAAGUGAGUUCAGCAUAGAAAUCAGAAGCCGGAUUUUCUGGGGCACUUACUUGGUUGACCAUUUGAUCGGGCUAUUAUUGGGUCGGCCUUCACUGUUAAAAAUGAAUGACACCACCAUGAGUGAGACCAUAGCCUUACCAGACAUUGAAUGGAUAGACGAAUAUUCAUUUCAUUACAAGGAUUUAAAGCCAGAGAUUCUUUUAAUAUGCGACCCUCUUAUUUCCGUGGUGAAGUUGAUGGAUAUCACAGAGAACAUGUUGAACGAUAUUUUCAAUGAUAGGCAAGAUAAGACCACCAAAAAUUACGAAAUCCCAGAGAAAUUACUCUUGUUAGGAAAAUAUAAUUUGAAAAUCUCACAAUGGAGAAAUAGUUUGCCGGAUACAGUGGCAUGGAAUGUUCAUGAUUUGGAAAUAAUUGGAAGUGAUCCUACCAAACUAACAUUCAAACUAUUGUAUUACAUUGUUGUGCUUUGUUUGAACCGUCCCUUUUUAAAUGUCGGUGGCACGAAACAGAAUAGUAACUCAUUAUUGACGGACUCAGCACUCAUUUGUGAAACUGCUAUCAAUGAUUUGUCCGUGGCUGUUAGAAAGUUCACCACAGUGCAUGGAUAUAGUAAGUGCUCUAUUUUAAUCAUCUACUGUUGUGUCAUAUCCAUAUCUGUUAUGCUUUUGUCUCAUGGUAGCACAAUUGCAAGAAGUAUAAGAGAAAAAGGGGUUUUUAGGUAUAAGUUUUUGCUCUUUAUGGCAACACUAAAGAGUUGUGCUAGGAUCUGGGGAUUGAGUGAUAAGUCUUACAAGAUGGUUAAGGCUAAAUUGCUCCAGGAUUUUAGUGUGGAUGUGGAUAAAGAGUUGGAAAUCUUUGAUUUUUCUCAGCAAUCUCAUGGCGAGAUAAUGACAGCACCAGAGCAAUCUUCUGAUGAUCAUACCACCAAUUUUGGCAUUCGUAACGAUGUGCUAUUCGGUGCAAGCCAGCCAUACUUUGGUUGUGUUGAAGACAGAAAUCGAAUGGAAGGUAAUAAUACCCAUGACCCAAAUCCUAAUCCACUUCAAGGAUUUUCCGAAACCAAUAUCGACAACGCGGGUGAUUCAUUUGGCGGGCCUCCCAUAUUCAUGAAUUCCACCGUUUUUUCCAGCUGGGAGCCAUUGUUCCCAGAUUACAUAUUUGAUAAUUUCAACUAUAAGAGCUAA